AUGGGCUUUGGAGUUGAGUUCUCAGGCCGCUUCAUGAGCCGCAGUGAGCGCAGCCACUGCCCAUCGCAGACCGUGAAGAAGCUCCUGGAAGAACAGAGGCGCCGCCAGCAGCAGCCUGCGGCUGGGGGGGUACCGGGACAGUUCCCGGCGUCCCUGGCUCAGUCCCUGACCCCGUCUGUGAGUGAGGGUGAGGCUGGCCACACGCCUUACCCAGCACACCAGGAGACAGUGGGGUCUGGACCCGGCAGCCUGGCUCCCCCAACAGGCUUUCCAGACUGGGAUUCCAGCACGAAUGUCACGUACCCAGACAGCGCCUACCCUUACCCUGCUUCUGCCGCUGAAGGCUUCCUGACUCCCGACUUCUACCCGCCCUCGGACCCAGGGAGACAGUGUCCAUUUUCCCUGGGAAUGGAGGCAGGAUCUUGGAGGGGUUCUGGACUCCCCACUGGUCCCCCACAGUUGCCCCCUGUGGUCACGAGCACAUCCCUGGACACAGCUCGCGCUCACGUGCUGGCCCUGGGGCCCCAACAGCUGCUGGCCCAGGAUGAGGAAGGAGACACGUUCCUGCACCUGUUUGCGGCUCGGGGGCUGCGCUGGGCAGCAUAUGCUGCAGCUGAGGUGCUUCAGGCGUACAGACGUCUGGACAUUCGUGAGCAUAAGGGCAAGACCCCGCUCCUGGUGGCUGCAGCUGCCAACCAGCCCCUGAUCGUGGAGGACCUGCUGAACCUGGGAGCAGAGCCCAACGCCACUGACCACCAGGGACGCUCCGUUUUACACGUGGCUGCUACCUAUGGGCUCCCAGGCGUCCUCUCGGCUGUGUUCAAUUCAGGGGUUCGGGUUAACUUAGAAGCCAGAGACUUCGAGGGCCUCACCCCGCUGCACACAGCCACCCUGGCCCUCAAUGUCGCUAUGCACCCGCCCGACCUAGGUCCCCUGGCUCUGAGCACCCAGGCCCGAGACAGGUUGACUUGCGUCCAGAUGUUGCUGCACAUGGGUGCUGACCACACGAGCCAGGAGAUCAAGAGCAACAAGACAGUCCUGCACUUGGCCGUGCAGGCCGCCAACCCUGCCUUGGUUCAGCUGCUGCUGGAACUGCCCCGGGGAGACCUGCGGGCCUUUGUGAACAUGAAGGCCCAUGGGAACACAGCCCUCCACAUGGCGGCCGCCCUGCCCCCCGGGCCGACCCAGGACGCCAUCGUGAGGCGCCUGCUGGCAGCUGGAGCAGACCCCACACUGCGCAACUUGGAGAACGAGCAGCCUGUCCACCUGCUGCGGCCCGGGCCGGGCCCCGAGGGGCUCCGGCAGCUACUGAAGAGGAGCCGCGUGGCACCCCAGGUCUGUCCUCUUAGGACUCAAACCCAGAACCUGGACUGAUUUUUCCAGUCCCUAAUGUCCUGUGGUACAAACAGAGUAUGCGAAUGUUGCAAAUCCUUGGUGAUGUGUAUGGAACAUCCUGCCAUUGGGGUCUUACAUUAAAACCCCAAAAUGGCUACUGGGGGGUGAACCGUCCCCAAUAUUUGGGGUAGUGUGUUACCCCUCCCCCACUCACAAGGAUCCCCUUGAUGAUUUCUGUGAAAUCGAGUCCCCUUGAUUGUUUCUGUGAAACACCCUGGAACCUAACCCUUGCCCCAUCGGGGUCUGUUUGUAGUUCCUUUAACUCAUGUCUUCACACCUGGAACCCAAGACGUAAUUUACCUACAUGAUACCCUAGGCACCCCAAAACAACUCCCAAUACCAUUCUGGUAGAGCUUAGAUGACCCCCACCCUCCCCGGGACCCACACUUUUCGGGUCCUUCUCCCUGUAACAGAGGAGGGGCUCUCUCAGGCUUACUGCUUUCUGAUUCAGAACUCAGGCUGCGCCUUUCUGGGACCCCAGCAUUUCCAGUGAGUCCAUCCCCACCCGAAAUUCCUAUUAAACACCAUCUGAAUUAC